AUGGUCCAGCUCAAACUCGAACCUGCCAGUGCGCCGCGGCUACUUCAAAGCUGGCCUCCAUCGCCGACCAGCAGUCCGCCGUCAAACGAGCUGACAGCGUGCCUCGACGACGACUAUGUCUCCGACUCAUACAACUUGGACUUUCACUGGCUUGACGGUCCAGAUAUUCUCUUGGACGCGGACUUGCAGUCAUUCUUCUUUGAUCACCUCCAUGGACCACUGCACUGCGCCCAAGUCCCCCCACUGCCCCCACCAUCGCACCAUCCUUCCCCCGUGGCCCCACCCUUCUCGAACUCCCGCUCGACUUCAACGCCACAUCCACCGGUGCCGCCGAGCCAUUCGUCGAGUCGCCCCGCCAAGCCCCGCCGGCCCAAAUGCACCGUGGACGGCUGCGACCAGCGCGUACGAUCGCGAGGCGUGUGUAAACGGCAUGGUGGGGGUCGGCUGUGCCUCAUUCCCGAUUGCCAGAACUCCGCCGUGGGACUAGAGUACUGCGUGAGCCACGGAGGCGGCAAGGGUUGCCUCCGUGAGGAAUGCACUAAGGCGGCGCAGGUGGGCGGGUAUUGCAAAGCCCAUGGAGGCGGAUCUCGCUGCCAAGUCGACGGGUGCAAGAAAAGCAGCCAAACCAACGGCCGAUGUCGACUUCACGGUGGCGGCAAGCGGUGCACUGCCCCAGGCUGCACCAAAGGAGCCCAACGACUUGGGCUGUGCGCUGCCCACGGUGGCUACCACAUCUGCCAACACGAGUCGGGAUGCCCCCGCAAAGACCGCGGCGGGGGAUACUGCGAGACGCACCGCCGCGACUUGGAGUGCUCAUCCGUCGGCUGCAAGCGGCUACGCAAGGCACAUGGACUAUGUACUACACACCUUCGCGUUGGUGACCAUAACGACUUGAUGGCAAUCCUCGACGAGUUGCUAGAUAUGCCAAAGCAACGACUGCGUUGA